AUGUCUCCCGAGUAUGCAAAAGACCAGGCUGACGGCUUCGUCAAUCGCAUUGACAAAGUUGCCAUCGUGGGUGCUGGAGGCAAUCUGGGCAGAUUUAUUGCUCAAGAGUUGGUUAAAACGGAGAAACACGCCGUGACCGCCAUCACUCGCUCUGGAAGUACCAACAGUGUGCCAGAAGGAGUCAGUUCUGUCAACGUGGACUAUGAGGACGAGACAUCUCUGGUCAGGGCUAUGAAGGGACACCAGGCUCUCGUCAUCACCCUGGCCGUAAAGGCACCCCCUGGCACUCAGAGCAAGCUUAUCAAAGCAGCGGCAAAAGCCGGUGUUCCUUACAUCAUGCCAAAUGCUUGGGGGAGUGACCCCUCGAACGAGAAGUUAAUGCAAGACAUCUUCGUCCAGAAGUCGUUCACUGACGCUCGUGACGAGAUCGAGGCUCUUGGGGUAAGCAAAUGGGUAAGCCUCGCUUGUGGGUUCUGGUAUGAGUUCAGCCUCGGCGGCACGGCCCACCGCUACGGUUUCGACUUCCACAACCGCUCGCUCGUCCUUUUCGAUGACGGAAACGCCAAGAUCAACACCAGCACGUGGGCGCAAUGCGGCCGAGCUGUGGCUUCUUUCCUGAGCCUGAAGUUGCUCCCCCAAGAUGAAGACGACAGGAGCCCCGCUAUCGACAACUGGGCCAAUGGGACUCUCUAUACCUCCAGCUUCCUCGUCAGCCAGAAGGACAUGCUCGAGAGCGUCAAGCGUGUCACUGGUACGACGGAUGCUGACUGGACGGUCACCCGCGAAGACUCAGGCGAGAGAUACAGGCAGGGGAUUUUGGAUUUUCAGAAAGGGGACCUGACAGGAUUCGCGCGACUUAUCAUACUUGAGUAA